AUUGGCCCCAUGUGCUUACACACACACCUCUGCCUCUAACCAGACUUGGGCACAAAGAAUACUGCACACACCCACUAUCGCCGAAACGUACACGAACAUACUCACUCAUGCACACACACAUGCACUCCAUCAUCCUCGUUGCUUUUGUGUGAGCUGCAGACUCUGCCUCUACAUUUCUGUCUCCUCCUCUGUCUGUCCCUCCAGCUUUCCUUCUCUCUGCACUCUCUCUUUUCUCCCCAAAUCUCCACGCCUUUGCUUCUCUCUGCUCUCUAUUGUGUUCGCCCAUUAGGGCUAGUUUGGCAAGAAACUGACCUAUUAGGGUUAUUAUGAGGAAUUAGAAAGCGCUCUUAAAAUCCCACGUUUUCUGUCUUCCCCAAGAUGUUAAGCAGUGUUCUGCUUACCCUGGACUCAUCUAUUUCUCCAUUGUCAGACAGAAGCAAAUAGAUUUGCCCUAAAUACUCCUCCUAUGUGUGUCUCAUUCCACCCCAUAUUCAUUUUUCCCUCUAGUUGCAUCCAGCAUUGCCUUUCUUCCUCUGUCGGUCUGUAUCUCAGAGCCUUUGUUCCUUCUUCUCCUCUUUUGGUUGGUUUGAUGCGUCCCUCUGUCCAUCUUCGUCCUCUGACAGGUGUCCUAAGGACCUUAGUCUCUCUUUAGUCACCCCAGUGGGGGCCAUGAUAUCUCCCAAAGAGAAGAACAAAGCUCGGCCCCCAAAGGACAGCAUGACCCUCCUGCCAUGUUUCUAUUUUGUAGAGCUCCCAAUAGUGGCAUCAUCCAUUGUUUCCCUUUACUUUCUCGAGUUGACUGACAUAUUCCGGCCAGCACAAGGCGGGUUCCAGUGCCAUGAUCGUGCACUCUCUAUGCCAUAUGUUGAAAGUAAUGAGGAGCUGAUCCCACUUCUGAUGCUUCUCAGUCUUGCAUUUGCCGCCCCCGCUGCAUCAAUUAUGCUUGGUGAAGGAAUACUGUACUGUAUUCAGUCUAAACUGAAGGGUCGUGGAAGCGCUGAGGGGAGCAUCAAUGCAGGUGGCUGUAACUUUAACUCCUUCUUGCGCCGGACCGUACGCUUUGUAGGUGUCCAUGUCUUUGGGCUGUGUGCCACCGCACUUGUCACUGAUGUCAUACAGCUGGCUACCGGAUACCAUGCACCGUUUUUCCUAACUGUCUGUAAACCUAACUACACAAGAUUGGGUACGUCUUGUGCAACCAAUCCCUAUAUUACCCAGGACAUCUGCACAGGCAAUGACCAGAAUGCCAUUCUGUCAGCCAGAAAGACAUUCCCUUCCCAGCAUGCCACGCUGUCUGCCUUUGCUGCAGUUUAUGUUUCAAUGUACUUCAAUUCCAUCAUUUCGGACAGUACGAAGCUUCUGAAGCCGCUGUUGGUUUUCUCCUUUUCUAUCGCGGCGGGAGUGUGUGGCCUGACCCAAAUCACACAGUACCGCAGCCACCCGGUCGAUGUCUAUGCAGGGUUUCUCAUAGGAGCAGGUAUCGCAGCCUAUCUGGCUUAUCAUGCUGUAGGUAAUUUCAAGGCAUCCUCUGAAGACUCUUCUCCCACUCUUCCAACAAACAAGGACCCACUGCGAGCUCUGACCCAGCGUGGCCAUGAGUCUGUGUACCACCAGAACAAAUCAUCAAGCACUGAUGAGUUGACCCCUCGCCCAAGAGGCCAGGGUACUCAGCAUCAGGUUCAACGGGAGAAAAAUUCUCUAGGGAGCCUGAAGAGGGCCAGUGUAGAUGUAGAUUUACUGGCACCCAGAAGUCCAAUGGGUAAAGAGAACAUGGUGACCUUCAGUAACACUCUCCCACGAGUAAGCACCCCAUCCAUGGAAGACCCUGGCCGCCGCCACAUGACAAUACAUGUCCCAGCUGAAGGUUCCCGUCCACGAGGAACAGGACCUGAAUUCAAGCCAAAGGUCUUAGAAGGCCGCAGUCUAACACUUGGUGAAGAGGUAGCACUGGCACAAGCUCAUAGACGGGCAGCCUCUGAGACUUCAGCCAUUGUUCUUGAUGAUCCAGACCCUGAUAGAGCACCACCUUCACUGUAUCCAACAGUACAAGCUCGGGCAGGGGGUCCAAGGGUACUCAUCCAGCCUCGUCCUGCAGCUCCCCCACUUCUACAUAUACCUGAGGAGAACCCAAAUGGCUCCCCUAAAGGAAGCUCUGCUAUUAGAGCCAAGUGGAUGAUGAUGGCAGAAAAGGGAGGGGCACCACGGGCUUCUGCCAAUGCACCAAGACUCAUGCAAGUCAUUGCUAUGUCCAAGCAACAGCAACAGCAGGUGGUGCUAGGGACUGGUACCCCCAAGCAUUCAGAGACUUCAUCCUCUUCAACCACCAGCAGCUCAGACUCCUCCCAGUACAGGUCACCUUCAGAACGAGACAGUUCCAGCAUUGUUACUAUUGAUGCACACGCACCACAUCAUCCUGUGGUUCACCUCUCUUCAGGUAAUGGACCAUGGGAGUGGAAGGCUGGACAGAAGAGUAGUGAUGCCCAGGAAGGCGGAGGGUACGAAGUUGGAAAGGAAUACCGUGGCUACAGAACCCCAAAGGGGGCUGGUGUGUCACCAGGUUCCUCCAUUAGUGACUUGGAGCCAGACCCAGAGCCACGUUACGGACCUACUGUCAAUGUUGCUGGAGGAGUCCCGACACCAUUAGUGAGUGAAGGUAUUGGUAUUCCGUCUAGCAGAGAUGCCAGCCUCAGAAGGAAAACCCAGGUAUCUGAAAGGGAAGCAAGUGAAGAGGGGGAAGAGCCUUUCUACAAGAAGCUUCAGAAUCAGAGGUUCAAGGAUUAAGACAAGAGAAAA